AUGGCCGGCAUCACCAGCGCGGCGUACCCGCCAUCGCUCUCCGAGGCCGAGACGGAGGUCCUCGUCAACACCAUCAAAGACUGGUCCGCGGGCAAUGGCUUGGUGGUUCGACCGCCGCCGACUGUGAUCCCGGCAGAAGUCGACCCCAAGGGCAUCGCUGCCAUCAAUGCGCCGGUGACGCUGUUCCCCAGUCCCUUUCCCCGGCAGUGCUUUGCCCAGGCUCUCGGUGUGCAGACUACCUACAAUGAGCUGUACGCCGCUGUAAGCAGAAACGAGGAGUUUAUCGAAGGCACCGUCAAAGAGUACGCACAACAACGUCGAGUACAUGGUUGCCCCGGAGCUCUAGUCAUUGAAGGAGACGAGUUCAUCAAGAACUUGUGGGCUGUGCACCAAAAGGUCAAGGCUGAGGGAUACACACAGGACACUACGGCGGACUCGCCGACAUUUCAGGUCAAGCAAGUCGAAUUCAAUACGAUUGCCGCCUCAUUCGGCGGACUCUCAUACUACACAUCCCGCCUACACAAAUAUCUUUCCACGAGGGAGUACCCGCUCUUGGAGAAGGCCAUUCCGAGUGACGCGAUGGAGCUCCCCUCAAACAACAGCAUCCCGGGUCUGGCCGCUGGAUUAGAAACGGCAUUCUACGCAUACCCUGCCUCUGAGCUCGGCCACCCUAACUGCAUUCUGUUCCUGGUGCAGGACGGCGAGCGCAACGUUUUCGACCAGCGCCACAUUGAAUACCGUCUCGCCGACGUCGCGCCCGCCGUGCCCGUCUUCCGCCUCGCCUUCUCCGCCAUCAAGAAGCACACGGCCAUUGCCGACACGCCCAAGCGGCAGCUCCUGUACCACCCGCCGCAGUGCCCGGACAAGACGUACGAGGUCGCCGUCGCGUACCUGCGCGGCAUGUACGACCCCAGCGACUUCCCGGACCAGGACGCGUGGGACGCGCGCUACCACAUUGAGCGCUCGGCGGCCAUCAAGUGCCCGACGGUGCUGACGCAGCUGGCGGGCACGAAAAAGGUCCAGCAGGUGCUGGCCACGCCGCAGCCCGCGUCCGCGCCGCCGUCGGUCCUCCACCGGUUCGUCAAGGACGCCGCCGCCGACCAGGUCGCCGCGCUGGCGCGCACCUUUACCAACAUUUACCCCAUGGACACGUCGCCCGCCGGCCUCGAGGCGCGCCGCAGGGUGCUCGACCCCCAGCUGGCCGAGGCAGGCGCCAUCCCGGCCUACCUGAAGUCGAUCCCCGAGGCGCACUGGAACUCGUAUAUCUUGAUGGAGCUCAUCACGCCGCCGCCUGUGUCCAACCUCAUCUUGCGUAACGGCAGUGUGGAGAAGGGUGGCGUCAUCUGCGAGCUCGGCAUUUACGGGACCUGCUUGUGGGACCAGCAGACGGACGAGAUUCAUCACAAUGAGCAGGCGGGGUACCUGCUGCGCACAAAGGGUGACAAGAGCGAAGAGGGCGGCGUGGCGGCUGGUUUUGGCUGCAUGGACAGCUGCCGUCUUGUUUAG